GGGGCCGCCCUGGGGAACCGCAGCCACGGGCUAGGCACGUGGCUGGGCUGCUGCCCCGGGGGCGCGCCGCUGGCCGCCAGCGACGGGGUCCCCGCGCGGCUGGCGCCGGACGAGCGCAGCCUGUGGGUGUCGCGCGUGGCGGAGAUCGCUGUGCUCUGUGUGCUGUCGCUCACCGUGGUCUUCGGCGUGUUCUUCCUGGGCUGCAACCUGCUCAUCAAGUCGGAGAGCAUGAUCAACUUUCUGGUGCAGGAGCGCCGGCCCUCCAAGGACGUGGGCGCCGCCAUCCUGGGGCUGUACUGAGGCCGCAAGCGGACCAGAAGGGAGACCAGGACCCUCGUGCCCCGCACGGGCUCUGCCGCCGCCCCCGGGCCGGCCGCGCGAGGGACAGCGACGGGCCUCGGGGGGGCCAGGACCCGGACACGGCGGGACUCGAGGCGGCGGCGCGGGAAGGGACUUCCACACCCGGCUGGUCCUGUGCGCGCCUCGGCGUGGGGGGUGGGAGAGGUCGUGCGUGGCCGCCGGGGCCGAGGUCACGUGCGUGCGAGCGUUGUGUGUUUGUAGGUGGGGCGGAGUGGGGGAAGUUGCGGGGAGGGGGGAAUCCGAGUCGCUGAGCUGGUCGGCCUGAUUUUGCUUUUGAAAAGAAACCUGGGAAUAAAACUGCAGCCGUCGGGCUUCCGGCGGCUUCCCACCCGCACCUCCGCGGGUUGUGUGUGUGCGUGUGUGUUGGGAUGUGUCUUGGCUGGGGCGGGGCGGGAGGGCGGUGUGUACCCCGUGGGCCGCCUGGCCGCCUGACUGCGGAGCCGUGGGGCAGGUCCGGGGCGCCUGAGACCCCGCUGCAAGGAGGCCAAGGAGGCUGUGGCCCGGGAGGGGAAAGGGCUGGGCCUGCAGGGUGGCCAGACCGCUGGUGAGAGUAUUUAAAUCUUUGGGAAAUUUUAAUCUAUUCCGUGAGAAUUAAAAAAAAAAAAUCGUGUGAGUGCAAAGGGGGAGAACAGCAAAAUUAAUACGUCAGGAUCGUGAACAAAUAAAAUUUAAUCGGGCGGAGGUGGCUAGAUCUAGUUAAAUUACAGGGCGCAAAGCCUCAGCUAAGGGCUGGUUUGGACCCCACCCUUGUAGAGUGUGGACAGUAGUCCUAGGGCGCUGAAAAUACUCCCUUGCUGCCUGGGGAGCGGGAAAGCAAGUUUGGGAGAGGGCUUUGCGGUGCAAAAGACCUAGGAUGUUUAAAAUGCAGAAAAUGGCCUCCAAAUGCAGCUGUGUUGAGGGAAUUUCGAGCUUCCCAUUGUGAGAUGCCCCUGCCGCCCAGAACCCUGCCACCUUUUGCAGAGGCCGAAUUCACUUAAAGCAGUGUUAAUGCCUAAGAACCUUGGCACUCACUGGCCAAGGGGAGUGGGAGGCUCUGCU